AUGGCUGAGAGUCCAGAAAAGAGUCAAUCUGAGGGGACACCUGCUGCAGACAUGUACCCCAGAAAGAUCCUGGAGUACAUGGAGGGAUUCCUCAUCUCAAAGGUAAGGUACAGAUAAAGUGUACUCACACCUCUAUGUGUGCACCACAUUAAGGGUGCAGGACAUCUUGAGUCUGUUUAAAGUGACAGGUUGAAUAACACUUUCCUGUCUCCAGCUUCAGUGUCAACUAAGCUAAUAGCAUUCCUGAUAGUUCAUUAUGUAACAGCAUCAGACCUGCUAAACCACAAGGGAAGCGUAUCUUCGGAGCUAAAACUUUUAGCUGAUCAACCAGUGGAACGAUCAAAAUAAGACUUGACCAUUUUUUGUCAACAGCUUAAAAAAACCCAGAAUACAAUUAGACUUGAUAUUUUAUUGUUAUACAUUAAAAAAUUUGUAUGGAUAAAAGUGAUGGGGAAUGUGGCAGUUUUUUGUUGCCUUCUCACCUCCUGCAGGACAGUUCACCACAGAAUAGUAUUAUUACUUAUUAUUUUGUUUGAAACAUAAGUAGAUGACAGUCGUCUUUAAAGCUCCAGUGUGGAACUUUCGGUUUGUGUCAGCUUUGGCGCCCCCUGUGGACGAACAGUCCUGCUUAUUUUUUUCUCUAAAAGUUGAAGUAAUAUCUGUAAAAAAAAUACCUCACUUGCUGACAUUGAAUAAAAUGACAUUGAAAUUGAAUAAAACUGCUUUUUCGUCAGCUGCUCAGCUGUUCACUGUUGAGAUCAACAAUGAAAAUGUUUCUUAAUUUAUUUAAUGUGCAAAUUUACAUUCUAUGUGUGUGUCCAAGACGGUCUUCACCUCCUGUGAGCUCGGUGUGUUUGAUGUGUUGCUGGAUGCAGAGCACCCCCUGUCUGCAGAAAAGAUCAGUGUGGCAGUAUGCGCCAGUCUGGAUGGCACACAGAGACUGCUGGAUGCCUGCACUGGUUUGCAGCUCCUUAACAGGCACACAGAUAACGGAGAAGGUCAGAACACCUUGUACAAAAGUCAUACACUAAUGACUUAUCUCUCUGGAUGCUUUUAUGAGGAAAUCCGAGAGGCGUCAUUAAUUAUUCCCUUUAAUUAAAGUGUUUGCAGGUCUUACUGUAUAUCAGAAAAAAAACAAUCACAGCAUUUUCAUUGUUUUGUCUUUUAGUUACAUAAAUGUUGUAUUUAAAAUAUCUAAAUUCUAGUUGUUUUUUUUUAACAUCCCUUAUAUGAGUUUAUAUUUAUUAGUUUGUUAAUACAUGUGCACCUCUCUCCAGAUGUUCUUUGUCUGUAAACCUGCAGUGAUCCAUCUCCUCCCUGUCAUCUUCCUCUCCUCCUGUUUCAGUCUUGUACAGUAACACAGAGCAGGCAAGCAUAUACUUGACCCGCUCCAGUCCUUUGUCUCUCUACCAGUCCAUCCAGUACAGCUCCAGAACAAUCUACCUGUGCUGGCACUACCUCACCGACGCCAUCAGGUCAGUACACUGAGCCAAAGCCACAUUCAUGUUAUGUCAUUUAGAGCUUGUCAUCACUCCUGCAAACUUAAACAAUUUGGUUAUAUGUAUCCUAAACAUUUAUAAAAAGUGAGAACUACAGGUCUAAAGUUAAGAGUUCUUGCUCCCAAAAAUUGAUCGAAAACAUUCGGUACAGCAUAUCUUCACAACCUCAAGUUGAACCAUUGACUGUAUAAAACAGUGACACAGUCUUAGUGAUGUCACCCAUUGGUUUCUGAAGUUGAUUUGAAGCCUAUCGUUGUUGGUCACCAUAUUGGAGACUCAACCUAACUUUUGGUCAAACUAGCAAGGGGCAGCGAGGUAAGUUGAGGCAGGCCUUUAGCCUUCUCACUAACAGCUACAGUGUGCCUGCCUGUCAAUCACUUGAUUUAUCCUCCUAAUAACACAAAACUCUUAACCGCAAAUCUUCAUCAUUAAUGAGUGAUGUAAAGAUGUACUUUCUUUGAAUUGGUGUGUAUGUGGUAUCUGGUGCUUUUGGAGUCAACACCGAGUGGGCAUUCAUGGAAUUGCAGUUAUUACCACUUCAUGUAUUGGCUUUAUUUUUCAAGAAUAGAGGUUUCCUCUUGGUUGGCUAUUUUUUCCUCAUGUUUUUUUAGAAAACAGGAUAACUAACAAUUGAAGCUCUUGUGAGGAGUUUUUAGCUGAUGUAAGACUGCAAGGUCCUCACGGGAGCUUGAACUGACACUGAUAUUUGAUAACCUCUGAAUCUUAUGUGUAAGUUGACUAACUGGUUCAUGGCUUAUUGAUGAAAGAUGAUCAUAACCUUGUUUGUUACAAAAAUAAUUGAACAGGCCUGCCAUAGAAAAAGCAAAGGUGGGGUUUUAAUCUGAUCGAAUAACGAGUAAAAUUGAGGGCAGGCUGGUGGUGUCUUUUGCGGGCUGAGGAUUUGGAUUCAGCUCCUCCUUGUCUGUUUGAACAGUGUCUCAAGAUGGAUCUCAAUCUCAUUGUUAUGUCGGAGGGAGGACAGCCUGCAGCUGUCAGGCAGUGUGAGUGGAUUCACUGUGUUCACUGUAGAAACACUGAUAGGAGAAAGGGCUAAAAAUAAAUUCUCGUUAGGGGAGUGUUCAACAAAAACAAGCCAAAUCUGUGGCACAAAAGACAGAAUAUUGAUGUUACUUUCAUAUGACAAACUCUCCUUCAUUUGUUUGUUUCAAUCACUUUGACAGUGAGAAUAAAAUGGAGCUUAAGCAGAUUUAAAAAAAAAACCUGGAUUUCACAUAUUCAAAACUAAUUUGAUCAAUGAAAAGUUGUGUAGUGUUUCACACAUAUAACCCAUAUAAUGUGGUUCUAAUGUUUUUUUCUAGAGAGGGGAGAAACCAGUAUGAAAAGGCCUUUGGAGUCACUUCAGAAGAUCUCUUUCAAGCUCUCUACAGGUAAGAAGCUGUCUUUGUUUGAAACACACACAAACACGCACACGCCUGUGCACACACACACACAUACAGACAGACCAAACACACGCCCUUGCUUAUCUACAUUCUGUCCCUGUCUCCCCAUCAAAAGUCUGUCUGUCACUUUCUUCCCUUUCCCCCCUGAAAACACAGACUUGUGGGAUUUGUUGGGAAGCAGGGGAUGUCUGAGGGUGAGAGGAGAGGGAGAGUGUGGGCAGUGAUGUGAGGAAGCUUUGGGCGAGAGAGGAGGAGAAAAGGGGAGCGAAUACAUCGGCUGCUGUCCUUGAGGUCUUGUGUGUUUAUAGUAUCUAGUGCCCACAGUUUUAAUGCUUCAACAAUCUGCUGGUCAGCGCUUUUUCUGGGGUCACACGCUAAAAGUUUCACACUUUGCUGCUAAUAGGUUUUGAUCGGCAGGCCCAAGGCUUUUUAUUGUAGACAACAGCAAGUCUCAAAGGAACAGAAACCAUCAAGACUGACACACAGAGGAAUAACGUGCUAAAACACCCUUUCUCCUUGUCCUCAUCAGACCAUGAUUUCCUGAACCAGUGUACUGUGAUGGAGCGGUGUGUGAUGUGCUAAUGAAACAGAUGUGAAAAUGCAAAACAUGCAAGUGCAGCGUUCUCGAGACAGAUUUAAGACUUAGCUUUUUUCAGCGUUAUUCUCCUGAAUACACUAAAUUUCAUUGUUAAAAUGCUCAAAUAAUGAACUUUUGAAACGGGAGAAACCUGAAUUUCUUUUGUUUGUUUUUAUUUGUAUCCUACUGCUGCAGCUCAGUAGGGUUGUUUUAUGAAAUGGGACUCAGCUAUUUUUGUUAUUUUGAACAGCAGCUGAAUACCUUUCAGAAAAUUAACUCAUUAUCAAGAAUUGUUUUGCUAUAAGAAUAUUCAUGCACCAAGGGCCCAUCUGCACAGUAAUUUACAAUUCUGCUUUAAUUGAUUGAAAAAGAAAAGAAUUCCAUCACCUGCACACAAUUGAGUGAAUGCAGAGGAGCAGUUGUUUGUCCCUGUUGAUUUCCCUUGUGAAUACUGAGGGUAAAUUAGCAACAGGGAACAACCACUGAAGUCAGUCACUAUGUUCAGCCAGCGUUGUAGGAGAAGCAGGGUGGAUGAGUCAGACUCCUGUUUACUCACUGCCAUUUAACCAGCCUUGUAGUGCACCUGAAUAAUUCACAGCCCAGUUCUGUCUGCAGUUGUAAUUGUGCUAUUCAAGAAAAGCUGGAAGGAUUUGGAGAGGAUGGGAAAUUAGAUUUAGAAAUACACACAAAGAGGUCUGAAUCCCACAGAUGGGCACUUUUUAUUUGAUCUAAUUCAAUGUAAUGAGUCUUAUGGUUUUAACCUUCACAGAUUUACUCAUGUUCUUCCCAAGACAUGCUUCUGUAUCUCACACAUUGGGAAGUGCAACAUCCAUGUAUAUCUAAAGGUAAAUGGAGUAAAAUGGUGCAUUUCCAUGAAAACAACAUCUGAUCAUGGAGUAAAUACAUCCCAAAAUACAUAAAACUCAUGCUGAAUUUUAAAAAAAGCAUUGUGAACAAAAACUUGAAGUUACUCCCAACUGUUCGGCCUGUAACGGCCUUGCUUCCAAACUUUUGGCCUGUAGUGUACAUAUGUUUACUCAUUUUUUGCUGUACAAUGAGAAUGUGAACAUAUACCUCUUUGUGUUAAGUUUAGAGACCAUACAUGGUUCAUUAACCUCCACACUACCAUAAAAAUUAUGUUGAAAUUUUGCUAUACAGUGUAUGAAUAUGUUUUGUAUAUAUAGAUAAACAUAUUUUUAUAGAUUAUAUGUUUUGUAGUAUGCAUAUGUAUAAAAUAUUGCAUUGAUAGCAGAAUUAUUUUUUUAUAAAGCCCUUGAGGAACAGUAAUAAGGAUUAGGAAUUCAAAAAGUAUUUACUUCUUCCUAUUCCUUCCUUCAUUUCUUUUUUUCUUUGUAUGUAAAUGGCAAUUUUCUAUUUGUUUUAUUUCUUCGCAUACAUUCAUUCACUAUGUUACACUCAAAAUGUGAAUCUUGAUGAAAUGUGGUUUUAUCUGUUAUAGUGACAAAAAUGUGGUACUUCAUUUGUUUUUGACAGUGAAAGUGGAUCAAACUGAAACUUUGAAAAGUACCUCUGUCGCUUGUCCUGUUAAAGUCUCGAAAAAGACUCUUCGGUAAAGCCACAGAAACAGCUCCACUUACCAAGGUUAAAUGAAUAUUAAGUCUGGAAUGAGGUCAUCUCACAGUGGUAACACAUUCAUAAUUACACUGGUGAUUGAUGUGAUCAUCUCCAUUUGACCACACUUCAAAUGAUACCCCUCAGUCUUCCAUUAUUGCCGAUUACUGAUGAGGCUGAAGCAACAAGACAACAGUGAUCAGGCAGCCAGGAAGCAUAGCUGUGACAGUGGGCACAGACAUGACAGAGACCUGCAGGCACGUUGAAGGAUACAAGACAUGUCUAUGCUGAGAGCAAAGGGAUCAUAAGCGUGCUGAUUUUGUAAUGAUGUAAACAGCCAGAGAUAACCACGCAAAGCACUCUGUCCUCAAUACGGUGAGAGACAGAAUGAGAUAGCGUGCGUGUAAAUGUCUUUAAUCAGGAAUAAAAAGGGCUGCAGAUUUUGUCGUUUGGGGGCAUUCAAUAACUCCGAAAAUGUUUCCAAAUUAAAGCUGACAGUCUGCUGUUUGGCCUCACAGUCAUUUCAUCUUUUCACAUCCAAUGUAAUCAGAGUCUGAGGCCGCAACAAUGAGUCACUUUCAAAGUUGUACUGGAGGUCAGCAUGUCGGCCAAACUUGUAUCAGAUGACUGAUCUCUGUGAUACAGAGGAGCUGGGGUGAAAAAAAAAUCUAGUUUCAGAAGAGAAGAUACUCAGUGUGUGUGUUUGUGUGUGCGUGUGUGGCCCCACAGCACAGCAGAGUGCUGGGUGAUGAGAUGGAGAUUCCUCGGAGCAGCAGCGGUCACCACAGGCCUUUCUAUUCUGCUGCACCCUGUCUCUCUCUCUCUCUCACAGCCACACUGUGUCGCCACGGGGAGUGACUUUGGAGACGAGGGGAGUGUGUGUCUGUGUGUGGUUGUGUGGUGUGUUUUUCUGUUUAUUGUCCACAUUGAGCAAGCAGUCCCUUAGGUGACAGCUUGAUAAAGAUGUAAAGUUUUCUUUUGAGUUUUGAGAGCUUUGCUGUGUGUGUGUAUGUGUGUGUUUCUCUGUGUGUAGGUCUGACGAGGAGAUGGUGAAGUUUAUGCAGCUAAUGAACUCCAUUUGGAACAUCUGUGGUAAAGAUGUGGUCACGGCCUUCGACCUUUCGCCUCUCAAGAUCAUCUGUGACCUUGGAGGUAGGUGUGUGCGCAUGAGAGUGCAUGUGUGUGUCUUCAUCAAAACACUAUGUAAUUUCCAUAAGGUUGCGAGUUCACAGUCAUUAACAUUUAAAACUGUUGGUGUCAUGCGUUAGCUGAGGAGACAGCUGGCCCAGACACACACAUAUACACACACAUAUAUUUACACAGUAAAAUGUGCAUGACACACAGUCAACAGUGACCUUUACUCCACUCUCCCUUAAUGAUGCUGUAUGAAUCAGUCAAGCCUCCCCAAACACACUCGUUAAAGUUAGUUUUCUCCUCUUCUCAGAGUCUUCUUCCAUUUGGCCAGAUUCUUAAAAUUCAUGUGUAACUGACUGAGAAAUACUCUUUUUUUCCCUUCAGAGUUGAAUAAAUUAAUCAAAUAACAAACACACCAUUCAGACGAAGACAUGAGGCCCACUUAUUAUUCAGUCUUCAAUUGGAAAUACUGAGCCAAAGCCUGAUGUGAGUGUGGCUCUCCUGCUACUGUUAAGCUGACCGAACUACAGUAAGGUUUCUAGGUUUGGUUGGUCAAAAAACACUCAGACAUGUUAUCCUUGUGAUAAAAUUUUCAACCAGUAUUAUUAAUUUUUGAAGCUGAAAAAUAAUGUUAAUAAAACAUGUGUUGCAUGUGCUUUUCUGCAUCAAAACUAGAUACUCAUGUGCAGAGAAGAAGAAGCAACAGAGCAGAAGUAUGAGCUACUGAGCAAAAAAUGUACAGCACACUUCAUGAUAUCCAUUAAGAGGGGCUAAGACAUUUGGUCUGCCUGUUUUUCCUGAUCUUUAUCCCCACUUGUGGAUUGUUAUCCAAGAAAACACACAAAAUGAAUUGAAUAAUACAGACUGGUUUCACAGGCUAAUAGCCAAAACUGAAAUGAGAGCGCGUUUCUCGAGAAGAGAAGGCGAGAAAAAGCAUCUCUGGCAGUUCUUCAAAAUGGAAAGAUGAUACUUGAGUGUGAUACCACAGCAGACCACAGUGGGGAGCUGUGAAGCCACUGAAAUUACAGACUGAAACACACACACACACACACACACACACACACACUCAGGUGUAGACACAGACACACAUCUUCGCCAGUCUCCCUGUCUGUUCUCUCCUCUCCUCCGUGACUUUCCUGGCCACGGGGUUGUGUGUUCAUGUUUAUGCAUUAAGGUGCAUCACCAAAAGGAGCGUGGACAGCAGGAGUGUGAAAGGGAGUGACUGCAGUGUCCCAGUAAGACGCUCUCAGCAUCUGUUGUGUCUGCACACACCUGCUGCUUCGGUGAUCCCACUGUCUGUCUCUCUGUCAGUCUCUCUGUCUGUCUUACUGUCUCUUUGUGAAACUUUCUGCAAACAAAGCUGACUAAAGGAGGUGGUUUGUUUCUCCGGGCGCUCUGCUACAAGCUUACCACCUCACCUCGUUGUAUUUUAAUGUGACAUUUAACACACACUGUGAUGAUAUGUUUUGUUUAAAAGUAAAUAAUCAACUUAAAGGUUACAGAGGAAAAUUUAUUCAUGGUUUUGAGGCAUAAUGUAAUUUUAUGCCUCAUGCUGCAGGUGCACAUGUAACAAAGCCAGCUGUGGACAAAAGUAUGUGCGUCAUGUACAAGAAAAAUACAAAAUAAAAGAAAUACAUCCUCUCUCAAGAAACUUAUCAAGCCAUUUCUGCUGGCUGUCUUAUUUUCAGCCUGCAGUUUCCUGGAAUAAGAUGAUAUCAGGGCUUGUUUGAUCAGUGUUGUUUCUAUUAGAAAUUCUGACUCAUGGUGAGACACAUACACUCUGUGCGAUGUGAGUUUCUGCAGCGUAGGUUCUCCUUCCAAUGGUGCAUCUUGAUACAAUCUUUUAUUAGACCCUCCCUGCGGUAAAUGUCCAUCUUUUUCAGACUCAUCACCCAAGUUUACCCCUGACAAAGCUCCAAAAAAUGAAACUUGGAGCUGUUCACAGGCUGAUGAAUACUGCAUUUUACGAAAAAUAAACUUAAUGGGUAAAAUCAGCGAAGUUCCCACUCAGCAGUUCUUAAACACAGCUGGAUUUAGAUGCAAGACUAGUCAUCUAAAGUUCAGUUGUCGAAAUGCUAUUGGUGAAAGGCCUAAACAGCCCAAAACAGCCAGUGUAAAAAAUGUAUUCAAGCUAAAUAUAAUAUGUUAUGAAGGGAAAAAGUCAUUUAUUGACAUACUUACUACAGUGGUAUUAAAUAAAAAGUCAACUGCAGAAUGAAGAAAUAAAUGCUGCACAUCAGAUGCACCUGCAGGUAAUUUCAGAAGACUAAAAAAGUGUAUGAUAACAACAUAGAAUAAAUAUAGCACAGUGUGGCAGACCCAAACACCCAUCAAAGGAUUUCAUUAAGAAACCCAGGCAGCAGGGUGAGCUUGGGGUCUUCGACAGCGUAUUGUGUUUGGUUUUGCUCCUCCUUGCUGUUCUUUGAUUCCUCUCCUCUGCCGACCCCUGUUUGAUGUGAGAGCCAGAGUACCUGUGUGUGUGUGUGUGUGUGUGUGUGUGUAUGAGUGUGUGUGUGUUUGUGUAAAAAAAGGAAGCCUUUUUAAGAAUACUGACUGAAACAGAAGCAGUAGGUCAUGUUAGGAGGAGGGCACCGCUGGGCCUCACAGUUUUCCCUGUAAACACAAACGCACACAGUCACACACACACACACACACACACACCUUGGGCUAGUUGGCUUUGUGGGUUUGUCAAAGUGAGAUCCUUUGAUCCCGUCUUCCACCUCACAGCCUUUCUAUUUAAAUUCAUAUUGCUUUACAAAGCGCAAUAAUACUGCUGCUGAAGCAUCAUGUUGAAAUGUCUGUGCUGAGUCUUUGUUCUCACCUCUGUUUGGAUGGUUGUGUUUUGUGAGUUGAUUCAGUUUUUACCUUCUGAAAUCAUCCCGUUUGGCUGUUCUUCUAUGUGGAUAGUAGGUAGAUCUCAACAAAUAACUACUUCAGCUCAAACAGGUCCAGCACAUGCAGUGGCUCAGCUAUCAUUGACUUACUGGCUGACGUAGAUGCUAUUCUCAUGCUCGCAGACCAUCUGUGUGCCCAUGGGCGUAUUGGUCUUCAAAUCAAUCAAUCAAUCAUCUCUAAUUUAUACAAUCCCAAAUCACAACAAAAGUCAUCUCAGGACACUCAAAAAUAGAGCAGGUCUAGACAGGCCUCUGUUAUAUUAUUUAGAGAGACUCAACAUUAAUCCACAAUGAGGAAGCACUUGGCAAAAGUGGCGAGGGAAAAUUGACUUUCAACAGGCAGAAACCUGAAUCAGAACUGGGCUCAUUGGUGCACAGUCAUCUGCUGGGACUGGAUGGGAUGGAAAAAAGAGUGAAAGAGUGGGAUAAAGAGGGAAGAAAAAGGAACGACACAGGCCAAGACAGACAAACGGAUCUACAAAUCUCGAUAGAAACAACAGCAAACACUUUUAACGUGUCCUUUACUAGCAAAAUAAUGCUGAAGUUAAUUGUGGCGUGAUAACUGUGGUCAAGCAGAUCCACAGCAGCUGACAGCCCAAGAUGACAGUUCACAGAAACCUAAAAACAAGAGAGGAUUAAAGACCCUUGAACGGUAAUGAGUCAGUGCACAACAGAAACAUGACUUACAAAUAAAGAGGGAGAGGGGAGACAAGAGCUCAGUGUGUUAAGUCCAUAGACUCUAUAUACUAUGGACAACUUGUUUCUGCCUCCUUGUGCGCAUUCAGCGGGAGAGUUGCAGAGAGUCGCUGUGAUGACGCUCGGCUCAAACUGCGUAUCCCCCAGGUGAGCUACGCAAUCCCUGAACGCCAAUAGGCUGUAUCAGGUGUCAAUCAAAGAAAACAUGAACCCCCUUAUAAGUUUUAAAAAUGGAGCUGCACAGAAAAAAAGAGGAUUUGAGCACAAACCAGUCUUACAAUAACUUCAUGUCAACACCGCAAGCAGGGAGGGAGAAAAAUUUAUGUUCUGUGUAAUUAACAUCUAAAGUUUGUCCACAGCCCCAUAGGCUUUGCUGGCGGAGGCGGGAUUUAUGACCUAUACUGCAGCCCGUCACCAGAGGGGGCUGUUUUCGGAGUGGCUUCACCCAGCAAGGAGGCAGACUCUGUCCAUUCAAUAUACAGUCUAUAGUUAAGUCCCAUGACCAAAAAUAGGGGCUGAUUCAGGUUCGAGUUUGAUUCAGCACCAACUCUUUAAAGUUUGUGGUAUACUCUAAAAAACAUGCAUGGCUGCAUCAGGUACAUUUAAACAGCAAAGCUCACCUCCUUUUAAAAACUUUAAAAUCAAAGUGUGGCCUUAAGUACUGUUUGUGUAUUGCUAUGAUAUAGCAUUGUAUUGCUAUUGAAACAGUAUUUAGAUUGUAGGCUGGUUCACAAAACAUAAACUGCUUGUUAUACAUACAAGGAGCUGCAGUAGCUCAGGAGGUUGAGUAGUUGUCCAACAACUGGAAGAUUGGUGGUUUGAUUCCCCUCUUUCCAUUGUAUCCUUGGGCAAGACACUUAACCCACCUUGUUCCCAGGCUCGAGGCACAGACUGGCAGGCAUGUUUCCGUCAGUCUGCCCCAGGGCACCUGUGACUACUGUGGUAGUUUACCACCACCAGGGUGUGAGUGAAUGAAUGAUGUAUUCAGUGUAAAGUGCUUCGAUGGUCUCUGAUAAAGCGCUAUAUAAAAAUCUGAUGUCGUAUUAAGGAUGAGCAACAACACUCCUUCUCCUCUGUUAAUAGUCUUUGGGUUUGGAGAUGCUGACAGCGGAUUGGACGGCUGCCAGCUUUUGCCAAUUAAAUACCAACGUGCCAGCUAUACAUGCAAAUAUUUUUCAGAGAGAACAGUAAUCCAUCAAUCUAUCCCCCCACUCUCUCCAUCUUCUGCAGGAUUAGUUUACAAUGGCAUCAGGAAAGCUAAUCUAGACGUCCCCUCCCCAGGAGCACAACUCUUCUUGGGGGAACUGACAGUGUUCCCGAGCCAGAUAGGCUGUAUGAUCCCCCACUGAGUUAGGGGUCUAUCUUGGGGUCUCCUCCCAGGUAGAUGCUUGCUGAAAACCUCCAAAGAAAAGCACCCAGAUGGCAUCCUUAUCAGACGCCUAAAACCACCUCAGCCAGCUCCUUUUGAUGAAAAGAAGCCACCGCUCCACUUGGAGCUCCCGCUGAAAUUCUGAUCUCCUUACCCUGUCUCUGCAGCUUGGUUUAGCCACCCUGUGGAGGAAAGUCUUUCUAGUGUGUUAUAUCUAAAAUCUCAUUCUUUGUAUCACCACCCAAAACUCUUGACCAAAACUGAUUAGUUGAAUUCAUUGGAUGGCUAAAGUAUACAUGUAAAUGAAUUUAGAACUGAACCAUUUUGUGAUUGUGCAUUACUUUCUUCCCAGAAUAGAGGAAUUAGAUUCUCUUAAAUGGAGAUGGAGUACACCUGUGUCAUCUAUUUUAGAUAGAUCUAACACGCAGGGCCCUAGGAAUCCUCAGAAAUGCAUCUGUAUCAGGAUUUUGCUGCAAUCAAACCUUCAGUUGCUGAGAUUACAAAAAAAAAAAAAAACAACAACAACAACUUUAAGGGUCAUAGAGAAAACAGGCAUCUCUAGAUAUGGCUGUAUUAAUUCCCUAAAAAAACAUACAUGCCAAUUUUCAUGACAGCUUCAAAGGACAUUAAAAUUUUCAUUUCCAAAUAAAAGUCAAAUCAAUUCUGUCCAGAUGACAAUGACGGGGUAAGUGCAUGAUUGUGUUUGCUUUCAGUAGGAAUGUUUCUCUCUAAAUAUUCUGUCACUCAGUCAUUUUGAAUUCAGCUCAAUUCAGUCUCCUUUAUUUGCAUGAAUGUUAGAUGAACCAUGUUCCCAAAGCUGCCACAUACAAAUCAUGCAAAUAAAUAAUGGGUACAUACCUGAGAGCAUCUGUUCCACUCGUGUGGCUCUGUGCUGUGUGUGUGUGUGUGUGUGUGUGUGUGUGUGUGUCUGUAUGCAUGCCCAGUUUGUUUGUGUCUGAUGCACUACCUUAAUGAAGGUUGAGUGUAUUCAUUGUGCUGUAACUAAAUGUAAUCAUCCCUCUCUCAAUCGCUCCCUCCCUCUCUCCCUCCUUCCUCCCUCUCUCUCCCUAGGCUGCAGUGGAGCAUUAGCCAAGCAGUGCACGUCAGCCUACCCAGAAUGCAGUGUGACGAUCUUUGACCUCCCCAAGGUGGUGCGCACAUCGAGGGAACACUUUGUCACAGAGGCCGACCAGAGGAUUAGCUUCCACCAAGGUAACGUCAUCAUGACAGGGUGAAAUCAUUUGACAUCAUUUACAGCCAGUUUCAGAGCACUAUUGUACACGCACACACUUACACACUCUCACGGGCAAAAAUAGAGGAAGUCUUAGAAGAAGUUUCUCAAGGCUUAAGUCCUGGUGAGCAAAUCUUGGGUUGAAUCGAUUUGGAUUGAUCUUAAUGAAACCCUCACUUCUCGACAGUGGAAUAAACAUGCAGUCAGUAUCUGGGCGCUUAAUCACAGCCUUCACAUUCACACCUGCUAUUAAUAAACUGCCUUUAGAUUUGCACGCUGCCUGCAUCAUGAUAUUGUGUAUAUUUGCUGGGCAAGAGAGGGAUCAUCUGCUUAUCAGAGCAGGAAAAAGCUGUUAUAUGCAACCUCUGAACUUACACUGUGCCUGAAGGUGUAAUAACACAAAUCAUGAUCUGCCACAUUCAGUAUCUCUUGGCCGCCAGUGAAAUGCAGCAUUAGGAAUUAAUAGAUUUAAUUUAAAACGGUCUGUCCAGUAAUCCAAAGACAGGGAGGAGCUGAAAGUUGAAAAAUUCAAAGCCUUAUGCAAUAGAGUGAAAAUUUGCCUGCCUGUUGUGUCUUUACUGAAGAUGAGAAAUAGGCCAAUGCAGUGGUGAGACAUUUAGUGAAGACUUCACAUUCUUUUACCUUUUGGGAUUCCUCUUGUCUUUGCCAAUUGCCCCCAGGAUUACAGAUGAAAAGACAAAUGAAGAAAACAAGUUGUAAGAGAAAUUCCAGGGUGUUCAUUUAUACACGAGCUUGCCAGAAAGCUUCUUGCUGGAUUACAAGCACUGAAGGGUGUGCAGCAACAAGUGAGAGGUUACAGAGGGGAUGUAGUUCCAAUCAAUCAAUCAAUCUUUAUUUAUAUAGCACCAAUUCACAACAAGUGGUAUCCCAAGACUUUUUUACAAAAACAGCUGGUCUGUGAACGUAGGUCUUUGAUUUUCUGGUUGUCUGCUCAGUUGUGUAGAUAAAAGCCUUCUGAUGGGUUUUUUGACAUGUAGGAUCACACAACGAAAAUGGCCAAAAGCUACACUAACUUGAUAUCCCUUAAAGCUUUGUCAGUCCAAAAUCAACCACAAACUAUCAAAACAUGAGUGAGCUGCACCACUGCACUGUGUAACAUGUUCCUCACCGACCGUGAAUACUGGUGCCAUCCACUGAGUAUUUACUGUAUUUGCUUACAUUGACAUUUGUCUCAGAUUAAACACACACUAAUAUUAAUUUUAACAUCAGCUCUUUCUCAGAGUAUUUCUACCUCAAUGGCAAAGUUAAGUGCCCUCUGGAGUUUAUAUCUUUUGUUUCCUACAACAUGAUAAAUCUUGCUUUCUUUGCUCUGAUAGAACAACUGCGGAUCUUGGCACCUGUGACAUUUGAAUCCCAAUUAAAUUUCACCAGUGAAUAUUCUGGGACAUGGUUUUGGCAGAGUUACAUCCUUUCUGCCAACAUCCAUUUUGCUCCUUCAGAAAGUAUAACAAAGAGACAAAUAAAAAUCCUCUGAAGAUUUUUGUCUUUUAUUUCAGUGCGAUAUGAGAAGGUGAGUUAUUGGUUUUGAAGCAGAGUGAUACACUUUGCUGCUUAUCUUUUUGUACAUCUAUAAUUGUGGAUUUGAUCUCUGUUCAAUCAAACGUGUACAACUUUGUGCUCUUUUUAUCUCAAUAGCAGCAUUAGCAUGGAUCCAGAUGACACACAAGCACAAUCACACUUCUCCAAUAAUUUAAUAAGAUGUUAAAUAUUCAUUUAUUCAUUCAAAAAAAUAAUAAUAAUAAACUGUUGCAAUGACCACAUCCCUGGGAUGGUUGCAACAUGUCACAAAUCCAUUCAAUUUUUAAUUUUCAAUUUUCAAAUUUUUUUUUGUCUCAAUGAGCAUAUUGGUCUGAGAAUAUGUAUUUUUUUUUAAAUAUUAUAACGACUAGUUGAUAAACAAAAUGUUAUAGAAUUAUGUAUUUCGUUAUCUAAUAUCCAAUAUUGAGUUUUGUUUCUUUUCGCAUAAAACAUAGGCCUACUCUGAGUCAAAGCGCAUAUGUUACAGAUAUUAAUGUUAGUAAGUGGAUUGUGGAUUUUACCGAGAUAUGAAUACAAAUCUUCAUGCAAAUGUAACACCGCAUAUAAUGCAACACUAGCUUGGCAACAGUUGCGACAAGUGUUGCAACUGUCCCUAAGUGGUCAGCCAUGACAAAACACCAUGUGCUAACUAAACACACUGAUUUUAACAAACGCUAACCUUGUGACUUAGAAAUCAACUAAACAACGACAAAAACUAAGUUGUGAUUAAUUCACACAAACAGUCAGCAUGGUAUGACAAAAAAUAAACCACAUGAAAAAAAUUAUUUUCAAGCUUAAAAAACAGUUUUUCCCCCCAAGAAAUCCAGAAGAUGAUGCUAAAUGUGUCUUUUGUCCUGCUGGUUGUAGUGGUGGUGGUGGUGGUGGUGGUGGUGGGGGGGGGGGCACCUGAGCAUGUGCAGUAUCAGUGUCAUCAAUCUAGCAUGUUUCUGAUUGGAGGAAUAAGCCUUGUUGCCACUGUCCCCCAUUAGUGACGUCCUCUGUAAACACUAGAAAUCCCCUAAAACAAUCUCACAUAUAUGUUUCAACAAACAGCAGCUAAAAUAUGCUUUUAGAAUAAAUUGAUUUUAGCAGACAUCAUCAUUUUCUAGUUAUGUUUGAAAUUGAAAACCACUAAUAGAAUCAUGGUCAUUUAACCCAAGGCUUGAAUGUGAAAUUGGUUAAUAAAUGAAAUAAUUCAAUCAAAUACUGCCAUGUCUCAGAACAUUUAGUGUAUGAUGAAAUGACAGCACGUAUAUCUCUGUUUGUGUAUUAAGGUGACUUCUUCAAAGACCCUCUUCCAGAGGCUGACCUCUACAUCCUUGCCAGAAUCCUCCACGACUGGCCUGACGAACGCUGCAUCGAGCUUCUCUGUCGAGUCUACAAAGCCUGCAGACCGGGUGUGUGUUUUUGCAUGUGUGUGUCUCUGAGUGUGAAAGGGAUGAGUACUUCUUUUUUUUCUUCUGCUGCGUGAAAUGAGAUGGCAGAUUGUAUCCAACAAUGCAGCUGAUCCCAGAGAAAUCUGUCCUUCUGACUCUGAUCAAAGAGAGACGACGAACAUAAAAGCAGCAGACGGUGUUGGGAGGGAGAAACCCUCUCCUGUAUUUUUGUGAGUGUAUGUGAGUUUGAACAUGAGGACAGAAGAAAAUCACAGAUUUAAGGAAGCAGGGAGGCUAAUAUUACUGGGCAGAAAAUGGGCUUCAGUCUCUCCCCCCUUAGAGCAUUUUAACUAAAGCAGAGAAGCACAGGUGAUACUGUAUAUACUGGACACUCUGACCUAUGAAAAACAGUCAUUUUAAAGUGGUCUGCAGUGAUUAAGCAUGUUGAUUAUGAAUAUUCAAUAGACAUGCUGCAUUUCUUUGGGCUAAACCAUAACUAAUUGACAGUCUUUGCCCACUAAGUCAUGUCAAUCAAGAAAAUAGAAAAAGUAAACAAAGGUAAAGACAAAGAAACAAUAAGGUAAACUGAACCUUUGUUCAUCUAACAGUGGGGGAAUCUGUAGUGUUGACAGUACCAAAAGAUCAGCAUAGAAAACAAAGUACACUCUCCAUGCACACAGUGCAAAUGUUGAAAGUAACAACCCAAAACUAAAAUGGUUCUAUACAGUGAACAAAAAUAAUUGGACAUGUUAUUGCACAAACAAACAAUCCAAUCCAUUUUUCUCUGUCCUGUAGGAGGCGCUGUGUUGCUGGUCGAGGCGUUGCUCCAUGAGGAUGGCUCUGGCCCACUCACAGUGCAGCUCUACUCGCUGAACAUGCUGGUUCAGACUGAAGGCAGAGAGAGAACAGCUGCUCAGUACGCCGCCCUGCUGGCUGCUGCUGGUUUCACCGACACCGAGCACAGACUUACGGGGAAGAUCUAUGAUACUGUGCUGGGAAAAAAGGAGGCAUAA